AUGGCGGGCCGUGGGGGCUGCCGGCGCGGGCGGGAGCAGCUGGAGCUGGAGCGGCUGGGCGAGGCGGCGCGGGCCGGCUCCUGCCCGCCGUCGCCGCCGCUCUCCGCCUGCUCGCGGCAGGCCUGGAGCCGGGACAACCCGGGCUUCGAGCCCGAGGAGGAGGGGGCGGCGGCGGCGGCGGCGGCAGGGCCGGUGCUGGAGAUGGACGUGGAGUGGGGCAGCCCCGCGGCCGGCGCUUCGUCGUCGUUGGGCAGCGGCGCGGCGGGUCAGGGCGGCGGCGGCGGGGGCGGGCGGCGGCAGCCGGCCCCCGCGGGGCGCGGCGGGGCGGAGGUGCCGAGCCGCCACCAGGUGCAGCCCGACGGCGCCGCACCCCACCGCGCGGCCUGGGCCAAGCGCCUGGCGCGGCGACUGCGAGGUCUGUGGGGGACAAGACUCAUGGAAGAAAGCAACACCAGCAGAGAGCGAUAUCUGAAAAGUGUUUUACGGGAGUUGGUUACAUACACGAUUUUCCUUGUGGUCUUAUGUGUCCUGACUUAUGGGACAGUGAGUUCCAGUAUGUACUAUUACACAAGGGUUAUGUCACAGCUCUUCCUGGAAACACCUGUAUCAAAAAUGGAGAAAACUGAUUUCAAAACUUUGUCCACAAUGGAUGACUUCUGGAAGUUCACAGAAGGCCCUUUGUUGGAUGGUCUUUACUGGGAGAUGUGGUACAACAACAAAACCAUGGCAGAAAACAAAAGCUUCAUUUAUUAUGAGAACCUGCUCCUAGGGGUGCCUCGCAUUCGGCAGCUGAAAGUGAGAAAUGGUUCGUGCUCAAUACCUGAAGAUUUAAAGGAUGAAAUCAAAGACUGCUAUGAUGUCUAUUCUGUAGCUAAUGAAGAUACUGCUCCUUUUGGACUUCGAAAUGGAACAGCUUGGACGUACACCAGUGAGAAGGAUUUGAAUGGGAGCAGCCACUGGGGCUUGAUUGCCACGUACAGUGGGGCUGGUUAUUACCAAGACCUCUCAAGGACCAGAGAAGUGACAGCUGUGCAGAUUGCUAGCCUUAAGAAGAACCUGUGGCUGGACAGAGGAACCAGAGCAGCUUUCAUCGAUUUCUCCGUCUACAAUGCAAACAUCAACCUAUUCUGCGUUGUCAGGUUAUUAGUGGAGUUUCCAGCGACUGGAGGCCUUGUUACAUCUUGGCAGUUUCAGCCAGUGAGGCUGAUGCACUACAUCUCCACUUUUGAUUUUUUCCUGGCAGCCUGUGAAAUGGCAUUUUGUCUUUUUGUUCUUUAUUAUAUGGUGGAAGAGAUCUUAGAAAUUCACAUUCAUAGACUGCACUAUUUCAGAAGUCUCUGGAAUUGCCUUGAUGUCCUUAUCAUUGUGCUCUCUGUGGUAGCUAUAGGAAUUAGCAUCUAUAGAACAUCAACUGUUGAUAUGCUCCUGAAGAAGCUGCUGGAAGAUCAGAACUCGUUCCCCAAUUUUGAACCUUUGGCAUAUUGGCAAAUGCAAUUCAACAACAUUGCUGCAGUCACUGUGUUUUUUGUCUGGAUUAAGCUUUUCAAAUUUAUUAACUUCAACAGAACAAUGAGUCAGUUAUCCACUACCAUGUCUCGCUGCGUCAAAGAUGUCAUUGGCUUUGCUAUUAUGUUCUUUAUUAUUUUCUUAGCAUAUGCUCAGUUGGCCUAUCUUGUCUUUGGCACUCAAAUCGAUGACUUCAGCACUUUCCAGGACUGCAUAUUUACUCAGUUCCGCAUCAUUUUGGGAGACUUCAACUUCACAGAGGUUGAAGAAGCUAAUCGAAUUUUGGGACCAAUUUAUUUCACUACAUUUGUGUUCUUUAUGUUCUUCAUUCUUUUGAACAUGUUUUUGGCCAUUAUCAAUGAUACAUACUCCGAAGUCAAAUCGGAUAUGGCACAACAGAAGGCAGAAAUGGAGCUGUCUGACCUUAUCAGAAAGGGCUACAACAAAGCCAUGAUCAAACUUAAAUUGAAGAAAACUACUGUUGAUGACAUUUCAGAAAGUCUGAGACAAGGUGGGGGAAAACUAAAUUUCGAUGAGCUCCGGCAAGAUCUAAAAGGAAAGGGGCAUACGGAUGCAGAGAUUGAAGCAAUAUUUACCAAAUAUGACCAGGAUGGGGACCAGGAAUUGACGGAGCAUGAACAUCAGCAGAUGAGAGAUGACCUGGAGAAAGAGAGGGAGGAUCUGGACCUGGAUAGGAGCUCUCUGCCACGUCCUCUGAGCAGCCGCAGCUUCCCCCGGAGCUUGGACGACUCUGAGGAGGAUGAGGAUGAAGACAGCGGACACAGCUCCAGGAGGAGGGGCAGCAGCUCUAGUGGGGUUUCCUAUGAAGAGUUCCAAGUACUCAUGAGGCGGGUUGAUCGCAUGGAGCAUUCUAUCGGCAGUAUUGUCUCUAAGAUCGAUGCAGUUAUUGUGAAGCUCGAAGCGAUGGAGAGAGCCAAACUAAAAAGGAGAGAUGUGUUGGGAAGACUGUUAGAUGGAGUGACAGAGGAUGAAAGACUGGGUCGUGACAAUGAAAUCCACAGGGAACAAAUGGAGCGACUUGUGCGAGAGGAGUUGGAGCGAUGGGAAUCGGAUGAUACGGCAUCCCAAAUGAGCCAUCGGUUGGGAACACCACUUGGACUGAAUGGCCAGCCUCGUUCGAGGAACUCUCGGCCAUCUUCCUCCCAGUCAGAUGGUAUUGAUGGGGGAGGAGGAAAUGGGGGGAAUAACAUCCAUGUGUAGGAUUAACUUUGUAGGUGAUUCUAAAUGUUUCAGGUCAGUAUUAAGCCAGCAGAUACACUACUCCACUGUUUCCCAGCAUGAGGUGAUGAUCAUCCUGAUAAGACCACUAACGACAAUUUUCACUAGUGGGCAAAAGUAAACAUUCUCUUCAGUAAGGCAUUUUCAGACCUAUGUAAGCCAUGUGUCAUGUUCAAGUUACCAACAGUGAGACUGUCAGCCUUGGAAACAAAAAUGCAGGAGACAGAAUGGAAACCAGGUGUGACAAAAUCUACCUGGACAGAAUUUUGGUUCCAUGCAUGUAUUAUGGGGAACACUUUCACGAGGGCAGCAAGCUUCAGACAAAAUAAUGUGCUGUGGCUAAAACACUCAAAUGAAAGGCUGUGAGUUUUCUGCGUUCUAUUGGAAAAUACGAUUUUUAAAUGCUUUUAAAAGCAAUUUUUAAAAGAAGAUGGCAUCAGUUUAUUGUCUCAUUCAUUACAACAGCUGACAUUCUCAAAGAGAUAAAACAGCACUUUUUUUUUACUUUGAGUUUCUACCUAUUUUUCUGAGUUAUUCUUGGUGUACUAACAUUUUAAUUAACUUAAAAUGUUCAUUUUUUCCUGUUUUUGAGAAAUAAUGUUUCUUUAAACAAAAGAAAGUGCACUUAGUUUGUACAACUGUAAAUUACAUUAUUCCAUAAUAGAAACGGUACACAUCACGUGUUUUUUGCAUUUCAUUAGCAUUUCAAAAGUAAUAUUUGAGAACUGCCUCUUCACACCCAACUAAUGUAAUCAUUUUCAGCUUUGUUGCAAAGUGCCCAUUUUUUUAAUGCUAUGUUUUCGUGAUCUAAGUGUUCCUGGGAUAAACAUUCCACAGGUUCUUAGGUAAAUAUGGUUACUUUGCAGAAAACAUUAUUGAAAAGCACAUAAAAUUGAAAAACACUAACUAUUCCUUGGGUGUGGGGCAGAGAAGUUGCUGACAGUUGGGAAAAUGCGAUCUCAUGCUCUGUCAAGUUCUAAUCAUGUCUCGACUAUGUAGUCUGUAUUUAUAUUUAACAGAACUGAUUGUAAAAUUAUUAGGUAUAUUUCUACAUAUGCUUUUCUGCUGAGGUGCAACACAUGAUUCCUUUGGAAAGGUGUUUGUAGUGUAAUCACUGAUUUUUAGUAUUUCGUUUCCUCUGCUUUCCGUGUCAUGGAAGUUUUGUUUUUGAAAGGAGAUGCAACACUGAAAUUAUGUUGGUUUCCUAUAGAAAGCAUUGAGGCAUAGUGUUUGUAGUUUUGCCUAGCAACAUGUUCCCCUAUGUGGAAUUCCGGUUUAGGAGGGAGGUUGUCAAUUGUGCUUUUUUCCUGAAGGUGGCAAUUGUCUUGUUUUUAAAGACUUAGAGUUGGUGUAAAGGAAAAUGGAAAGCUACAUAAUCAAACACAUCUUAGCUAUUAGUAGGGUAUAUAGAGGAAAAAAAUGCCUAUUUAACAAAGUAUAAGUAGCAUGUAUAUGUUAUAUUGGUGCUUUUUGUUUCAAAAAGCAGUUGUUGCCAGGGGUUAGCACCUCAUUCUUGUGGUAGUACUGCUUAGGCAAAGCUUAAGUCUUGCAUAUGUUCUUACAACUGCAUUGCCUGGAUGUACAAUGACUCAGAAUGCCUUCCCUUUAACCAGAGGACUUGCUAAAACUAAAUAGACUUCAUGCCUUUCCCUAUUUUUAAGUUUACGAGAAACCAUAUGCACAGAAACUUAAUGUAAGGUGGAGCAGGAGGAAGUUCAAUGUGGAGAUUGGAAUUUCUUAGUAGCUUUGGCUUGAGAACAGAACAACGUGGGAAAACAGGUUGUGAUUCUUGUGAAGUAUUUUUUCUUUCUGUGGGUUAUUUUGUCCUGUACUAGGAAGAAAUUCAUACUCUUUCACAAGAGACCCCAUCAACUUCCCAAAACAGCGCACAGCACAGUGGUUAGGGCAUUUGUGUGAAACGAGGGACAGUCAGACUAAGCUCUGUCUUGCCUUGAUUGAAAAUUUUUGGACCUUAGAAACCUUCCUGAUGUCGUGGUUUAGGCCCAGCCGGCAGCUAAGCACCACAUGGCCGCUCGCUCACUCCUCCCCCCCACCCCCGCCAGUGGGAUGGGGAGGAGAAUCAGAAGAAAAAGGUAAAACCUUGUGGGCUGAGAUAAGGACAGUUUAAUAGGACAACACAAGGAGAGAAGAAAUAAUAAUAACAAUAAUACUAAUAAAAGAAUAUACAAAGUGAGUGAUGCACAAUGCAAUUGCUCACCACCCGGAACCCAAUGCCCAGCUGGUUCCCGAGCCAUGAUCCCUCCUCCCCGACCAGCUGCCCCAGUUUAUAUACUGAGCAUGACAGCAUAUAGUAUCGAAUAUCCCCUUGGCUAGUUCAGGUCAGCUAUCCUGGCUGUGUCCUCUCCCAGCUUCUUGUGAGAAUUAACGCUAUCCCAGCUGAACCCAGGACACCUGAGGAAAGCUUUUCCAUGUUGAACUGGCAUUUCUGACUUUAAACAAACAAACAAGCCAAAAAAUCACUAGCUGUAGACAUGGCCAGCUGGUAUGCAAGGAAAAUAGAAAAUACAAUACAAAGCAAUUUAAAUAUACAUAGCCUUGUCUUUAUAUUCAUACCCAAAAUGUGUAGUGUGUUGGUAUGUGACAUGAUUUACAGCUUAAACUUUGAGGCACGCUAACUAAUUACUUGUGUGUAACAUGUAAUUGAUGUUGGAUUUCUAGGGUCAAGGGUUACCUAAAUGCUAAGAUAGUAUUUAAAUAAUCAUAUACUUAAAAUCAAUUACUUUGGCCAAAUGACCCAACUUGAGUUGUCCAGCAAUCAAGUGGAACCUUACUAAGAAUACCUUGUGUUAAGGUUUGUGCUUGUGGCCUGUAAAGCGUGUGGCAUGCUGAGGUUUAUGGCAGCAGGGACUGGGGAGUGUGCAGAAGUGAUCUAGUGGUCAUCUGUUGGUGAGGCAGGGCCUUCCUGGGGGGAAAGAAAGCAAAACUAAACCUAUCAGUAUGGUUUUAAAUAGGUUUCCUGUAAAAAUGUAUCUUUGAAAAUGUAAAUUCAGUCACACAGUUCAUCUUUUAUUUGUAGUAUGUGUUUAUUAUGAAAAUGAAAAUGUUUGCAUUCAUAGCUGUAUUUGCUGAGGUAUAUUUCUGUAACGUGUCGUUACUUAAUAACAAACUUCAUCUUGAAGUGCAGUAAGUUUUCAUGGGGUACCCGUGUGUAUUGACAAUGGGCCUUGCAGUAAGUGCACGGCCACUUGAGAAAUGUUACAAAUAUUUUAUUAUUUCAUUUUUCAACUUUAGAUUAUAAUAUCAUUUGUCACUUAUUACAAAUGUAAGGUUUUUGCAUAGUAAUGUACAGUGUUUGGCCUUAUUAGGAAGCUGUUAAUUAUGCAAGUCUUCUACAAUGAUCAAGAAUGUAUUGAUCUGUAAAACUGAGCACUUUACUUCCUAAUAAACGUUUUAUAUUAUCUAUAAAGCAAA